AUCCACCAUGUCGUCCACACAAACCGGCAUGCAUACUUGUACUCUCGGUUAGGAGGUGCAUGCCAAGCAUGGCUGGACAACAUGUUGUCCGCACAUGCAUGCACAGUCUACACAACUUCAUCACAUGGGCCGAUCUUACGGCGGCAUGGAAGAAACGUUUCCAAGUGGAACCGCCCGAGCAUCAGGCGAUGGACAAGCUGCUGACAUUCUCACAGAACAGCAUGCCAAGUGGAGACUGGAUAUCUGAGUUCCAACGUCUGGCAAGCACGCCCAAGCUGUCACUGAACUUCGACGGCAUCAAGCUCUACUUCAUCAAAAGGUCGUGCCUAGCGUUGCAAAAUGCGUUAACUCAGGUCACUGAGAACCUCAACACAAGUGAGGAACUCUUCAACAAGGUCGCGCAGAUCAUUGUGACGAACUUGGAAGCCAAGAACAUUGGUUGUUCGUCGACAACCAGCCAGGGCGCGUAUCAGAAUCAGCCGAAAGUGUUCGUGGUCGCGGCAGCAACGCCAAACGACCCUUCAACUUCAAACGAGGCUGCCUCUUCUGCCGAGGGAGACAGAUUAGCAGCUGCCCAGAAUGGUGGCCGCCCCGCCAAAGGACGAGGGCGCGACAAAACGAAGACAAACACCACUUCUUCUGGGCCCGGACAAGUGGCUCCAGCUCAAGAACCUUGGACACAAUACGACCAACGAGAUAGGCCUAUGUUUUCUUCGCACCGCUGCAACCGAAUCUCAACCCACAUACUUGUCUUCGGACCCCGUGUGGUACGGUUGCUUGACGAAUUCGUCGACAUCUUCGAGUCACCUACCGACGUGGUGCCGGAUCGGCCGAUCUCCCACGAGGUCAUUCUCGAGGCCGGUGUCGUGUCGCCGAAAGGUUGCAUCUAUCGCAUGAGCGAGGAGGAACUUACAGUACUCCGCGCGCAGCUCAACGAUUUGUUGGACAAAGGAUGGAUCCGGCCUAGUAGCUCACCCUAUGGUGCGCUGGUUCUCUUCGUGCGGAAGAAGAACAAGGAUCUUCGCCUAUGCAUCGAUUACCGCAAGCUCAAUGCACAAACCGUCAAGAACGCGGGACCUCUUCCUCGUAUUGACGACCUUCUGGAGCGUUUGGACGACGCAAAGUUUUUUUCCAAACUGAAUUCGAAGUCGGGGUAUCAUCAGAUUUCGAUACGCCCGCAAGAUUGCUACAAAACCGCGUUUAAGACACGGUACGAGCAUUUUGAGUGGAUCAUCAUGCCUUUCGGACUCACCAAUGCCCAGGUGACUUUUCAAGCGGCGAUGACCAACGAGUUCCGUGCAAUGCUAGACCGGUUUGUGCUGGUCUACUUGGACGACAUCCUCGUCUAUAGUCGGACAUUGGAGGAACAUCUCGAGCAUCUUCGACAAGUGUUGGAGACAUUCCGUCGCGCCAAGUACAAAGCCAACCGCGACAAGUGUGAAUUCGUACGUCAAGAGUUGGAAUACUUGGGCCAUUUCGUCAUUCCUCAAGGCAUCAGUCCGUUGUUGGACAAGAUUCAAAUCACCCAAGAUUGGCCAGAGCCGCGGAACGUCACGGAUGUCCGUUCGGUCCUUGGUCUUGCCGGCUACUACCAACGUUUCAUCAAAGGGUACUCGAAGAUCGCAGCCCACUUAUCCAAGCUUCAAUGCGAGGACCGACCAUUUGACUUUGGGACGGAUGCGCGGGAAUCAUUUUUGGCCCUUAAGGCCACAUUGCUAUCAGCGGAAGUCUUGCGAAUAUACGACCCUCUAUUGCCAAUGCGCGUCACUACAGAUGUGUUCAGCUAUGGCAUUGGUGCCAUCCUCGAACAACAUGAUGGCGUGGACGGGCACCCGGUCAAAUACUUCACCAAGAAAGUGUCGGUCGUGCAUUCAAUCGAUGAUGCACGCAAGAAGGAACUUCUCGCCUUCGUCCACGCACUCAAGCGGUGGCAGCACUUCCUCCUUGGUCGACGCCAAUUCCGAUGGGUAAUGGACAACAAUCCGUUGGUCUUUUACAAGACCCAAGACACCGUCAAUAGCACGAUUACCCGUUGGAUGACUUUCAUCGACCAGUUCGACUUCUUUCCCGAUCAUAUUCCAGGGAAGUCAAACCGUUUUGCGGAUGCUCUUUCACAACGUUUGGAUUACUGCAACGCCGUCUACUCGACCUUCGAGAUAGAGGAUGACUUGCGGGACAAAUUCAUCCGCGACUAUCAAGCCGACCCCGAAUUUCGCGACAAGGACGCAAAUUGUUCCUCUCCCAAUCCGGCGCCUUCGCACUAUCGGAUCCAAGAGGGAUACUUGCUCGUUCACUCGCAGGGGAAGGAUCUACUUUGUGUGCCGCAAGAUUCACACUUGCGCACGAGGCUUCUUGGCGAGUUCCACGACGCCCCCGCCACCGGACACUUUUGAGUCAAUUGUAUGAUUGACCGACUCCGCGAGCGCUUUUGGUGGCCCGGUUAUCUCGACGACGUCACGCGCUAUUGUGAGGCAUGCG